AUGGGAAAACAGGUUUUGACUGUUUUCUCUGCAUAUGCACCACAGAUCGGUGAAUAUGAAAACGCCAAAAAUGACUUCUGGAACACACUCUCAGAUGCCGUCAGGAAAACAUCAUCACCGGAGAUACCAUUGAUAUGUGGCGACCUCAACGGCCAUGUUGGAGAUAAAACAAAUGGGUUCCACGGUGUCCAUGGAAGCUUUGGCUAUGGUUCUCAAAACAAAGACGAUAUACGGAUUCUGGAAUUUACUGAAAGCCAUGAAUUCUUCCUGUUGAACACUUAUUUCAAAAAAAGGGCAGAACAUUUGAUCACAUAUAAAAGCGGGAUGUCGUGCACACAAAUUGACAAAUUGUCAUCAGGCAACAACAUAGACGACUAUUCAGGAAUACAAAAAUUCAGGUUCUGGAUUUAA